AUGGCACCCACUUCCGGAUCCGCCCUGAGCGCCGACUCAAUUCUCGAUUACAUGGUCAAGUCGCUGCCGAGCCCUUCUUCAGACAAUGAACAGACCCGACUCGUGAAAGAUCCCUAUGCUGCCAUAGCACUCUUCUCCCAUGCCUGCAUGCUUGCAGUAGGUUUUCGUCUGAUCGGCUUGGGAGAAGAUCACAAAAUAGAGGCACAGUCUGACCCUGAAAAUGCGCAACCUUUGCCUGCCGAGUGGAAUGCUUCCUCUUCAUAUGCCUUUCGAUAUGCGCACUCACAGUCCUCGAUGGAAUUUCUGGUCAAGAUUAAUCGAUUAGGUGGAAAGGCCCUCGUUUUUGGUGUCGGCCUAGGUGAUGACAAGACAGCCUCUUUUGAGAUCAAAGCACAAGACUACAUUUCGGAAGGCUCCAUUGCAGAAGCUACAAAAAAUUCAGACGUGAAAUCUGCACUGCGGAAUGUGUUUAUUUCAGAAGGACGGAUAGUGGAUCUGGCCACUCUAUUCCGAGUGAGCAUCGUCCAGAAAUUGGUUCCUGGUAUCUCAAAGGCAGGGUAUGAAGAGACGUCGUCUACACAAGAACAGCCCAGGAGGCACGAAGAAACACGACCUCCAGCACGGGAUCCUUUGCGCGAUGAUCAUCCUCCACCUGCGAGACCAUAUCCGUUUGAUGAUCCACUAGCUACGGCGCCCCGAAGACCUUAUCCCCCAGGAGACUUUCCACCACCAGGUUUCGAGGACGAAUAUGAGAUUAACACCCCUCCAAGAGGAUGGCCUGGUGCUCCUGAUCGACCACCCUUCGGCAAUAUUGGAGAUAGAGAUCUAUAUCCGCCUGGACUUGGCCCUCAUGAUCCACUGAGGAUAGGUCCUGGAGGAGGGCCUCGUGGCGGAGGCGGAAUGCACCCUACAUUCGAUGAUCCUUUAUUCGCAGGCCAAGGUGGACCACAAGGAUAUGACCCAAUGGCACCGCCAGGUGCUCGGUAUGAUCCCGUAGGACCUGGAGAUGGUCGACCACAUCUGGGAGGCGGGGGUCGCUUCCCAGGUGGACGUGGAGGUGGAGGCAAUCCAUUUGGCGGAUUCGGCAGCGGUGAUUUCAUCUGA